UGGCCUCCACAGUUAAUGACUGACCUGCUGGUGGAUGUGUCAGAGUGGGGGUGAGGCUGAAGUCUGCUUGUCCCCUGCAGUCUGCAGACACCAUGGCUCAGCUAGUGGAGUGUGUUCCUAACUUCUCCGAGGGUCGAGACAAACAGGUGAUUGAUGCCAUCUCUGCAGCCAUCGCAGAGACCCCGGGCUGCAGCCUGCUGGACGUUGACCCAGGGGCCUCCACCAACCGGACCGUAUACACCUUCGUGGGUCCUCCAGAGGCGGUGGUGGAGGGGGCGCUGAACUCAGCCCAGCGGGCCUUCAGCCUAAUCAACAUGAGCAAACACUCAGGUGAACAUCCACGGACCGGAGCGCUGGACGUCUGUCCCUUCAUCCCUGUCCAGAACGUCAGCAUGGACGAAUGCGUCCACUGUGCCAACGAGUUUGGACGAAGACUGGCAGAGAUGCUGAAUGUUCCUGUGUAUCUUUAUGGAGAAGCAGCCCGGUCCGAAUCGAGGAGGAGUCUGCCAUCGGUCCGAUCUGGAGAGUACGAAGCUUUACCUGAGAAGCUGAAACGUGAGGAGUGGGCCCCUGACUUUGGCCCCGCCCUCUUCGUACCAUCAUGGGGCGCCACGGUAACCGGAGCUCGCAAGUUCCUGAUCGCGUACAACAUGAAUCUGAUCGGCACCAAGGAACAGGCCCAUCGUAUCGCCCUGGACAUCCGCGAGCAGGGCCGAGGGAAGGACCAGCCAGGACUCCUCAAGAAGGUUCAGGGGAUGGGCUGGUACCUGGAGGAGGCCAACCUUGCUCAGGUGUCCACCAACAUCAUGGACUUUGAGGUGACGCCGCUCCACGCUGUAUACGAGGAGAUCUGCAGGGACGCUGAGGAGCUGAAGCUGCCCGUGGUCGGCUCUCAGAUCGUUGGUUUGAUCCCUCUGAAGGCUCUGCUGGACUCUGCUGACUUCUACAUCAAAAGAGACCAGCUCUUCAUCAUCGAAGAGGAGCACAAAGUCCGCCUGGUGAUCAGUAAACUGGGCCUGGAUUCACUCGGCCCGUUCCAUCCAAAGGAGAGAAUCAUAGAGUACAUGGUGAAGUCACAGGAAGAGGGCGGGCUUAUAUCUCUGUCUCUGCAGCAGUUUGUUCACAGCGUUGGAGCUCGAACUGCAGCUCCAGGUGGAGGAUCCGUUUCUGCAGCCAUCGCCGCUCUGGGGGCAGCACUAGGCGCCAUGGUGGGACAGAUGACCUACGGAAAGAGACAGUUUGACAACCUGGACGGCGUGAUGAGGAGGCUGAUUCCUCAGUUUCAUCAGGCCAUGAAUGAGCUGCUGCACAUGGUGGAUGCUGACUCCUCCGCCUUCAACAACUACAUGGUGGCGCUGAAAAUGCCAAAGAAGACUGCAGAGGAAAUAAAAAGAAGAGAAGCUGCAAUGCAGGAAGGUCUGAAGCAGGCUGUGGGUGUCCCGUUGGCUUUGGCUGAGAAGAUCAGCGUCCUCUGGUCAUCUCUUAAACAGAUGGUCCUGUAUGGAAAUAUUGGCUGCAAGUCGGACGCUCAGGUUGCAGCUAAAGCCCUGGAAACAGCCGUUUAUGGAGCCUACUAUAAUGUCCUGAUCAACCUCAAAGACAUCUCAGACGAAGCCUUCAAAGUGGCCACGCAGAGAAGAGUUUCUGAGCUGCUGCAGGAAGCCAAAGACAGUGUGACCACCAUCCUGGAUGCUGCUGAGAAGAGAACCUGAGAAGAUGUAAAGAAUAAAAUAAUAAUUCAUAAAAA